AUGGGUCAAGGGUCGGAGAUUUUUUUCCCACCAAUCUUCGAACAGUUCCUAAUGUUUCUCCUAUACCCACCUUGUAGUACUUACCGUAAGGACGUAGACCGAUUCAUUAUACCUCAAUUCUAUCAGCUUAUUCUGUCCUCACCGCCUUUCAACCUCUCUAGCCGCAAUGGCCGAGUGUACCCUCUAGCCUAUGGUAGUAGUACAGACUCUAUUGUAGAUAUAACGUAUAACCAAGGUUGCAAUGGGUCCGUUCUGGCUAUCAUUACGCUCGCUAUUGGCCUUGCCAGUGCUGAUACUUUGAGCAUUGAUCUGCACGCCGGAAGUUGCUCUGAUACUGCUUUCCAAACUUUCACAAUUGGAAAUAUUGGUGAAUGCCACCCUGCUCAUGAAGCAUUCAACUUUUAUGUUCAGCACGACAUCGCCCAGAGUUUCUUCGGCCGAAACCUUGGUAUCCGGGCCUUCCGCAACGGCGACUGCUCUGGCCCUUCCAGCACCAACUCAUUAUCUAAUGCUCGCUCCUGCGUUGGAGCUGAAGGAGCUAGCUUUAUGCUCACGACCAUCAACUAA